AUGGAGAAAGUGGGGAAGAUGUGGAAUCACUUCAAAUACAGGUGUCAGAACCUCUUCGGGCACGAAGGCGGAAGCCGGAGCGAGGACGUGGACAUGAACUGCAGCCGCUGUCUGUCGGUCAGAGAGAGCCUCCCCAGCCUGGCCGACGCUGCCCCGCGCCAGCACAGUAGCCCGCUGCGGGAAAGCGUGGCCCUGCAGCUCGGCCUGAGCCCCUCCAAAAGCGCCCCGAGGAGGACCCAGAACUGCGCCGCCGACAUCCCGCAGAUCGUGGAGAUCAGCCUGGAGAAGGAGGCUGAGGCGGGCACCGGCUCCGGAGCGCGCCUGGCGCGGAGGGACUCGUACUCGCGCCACGCGCCGUGGGGCGGGAAGAAGAAGCACUCGUGCUCCACCAAGACGCAGGGCCCGGCCGACGAGCGGAGACUGGGGCGCACGCGCGCGGGCCUGCACCGGCGCGAGCGGCGACACGGGGUCAGCUCGGUCAGCUGCGUCAGCGCGCUCGAGACAGACGCGGGCCCCGGGGGUGGGCGCUCGCUGCGCCAACGGCUGCAGGACACCGUGGGGCUGUGCUUCCCCGGGCGCACCCGCAGCCGGCAGGCUCGCCCGCGCUUCUCCACCAAGAGGAAGAUCCACCUCUCGGAGCUGAUGCUCGAGAAGUGCCCCUUCCCCGCGGGCUCCGACCUGGCGCAGAAGUGGCACCUGAUCAAACAGCACACAGCACCCGUCAGCCCGCACUCAGCCUUCUUCGACACCUUCGACCCUUCUUUGGUGUCCACCGAAGACGAGGAGGACCGGCUGCGCGAGAGGAGGCGGCUCAGCAUCGAGGAAGGAGUUGACCCGCCCCCCAAUGCACAGAUCCACACAUUCGAAGCCACUGCUCAAGUGAAUCCAUUGUACAAACUGGGACCAAAGUUAGCCCCGGGCAUGGCCGAGGUGGGUGGGGAUGGCCCAGCAGCGCCGCAGGCUCACGGUGACCCAGAGGAGGACACAACCACGCUGUGUCUGCAGUCGCGUCGACAGAAGCAGCGGCAGGUGUCUGGGGACAGCCAUGCACAUGUGAGCAGGCAGGGUGCGUGGAAGGUGCACACGCAGAUCGACUACAUCCACUGCCUGGUGCCCGACCUGCUGCAGAUCACCGGCAACCCCUGCUACUGGGGUGUGAUGGACCGCUAUGAGGCCGAGGCCCUGCUGGAGGGCAAACCCGAGGGCACCUUCCUGCUCAGGGACUCCGCUCAGGAGGACUACCUCUUCUCCGUCAGCUUCCGCCGCUACAACCGUUCCCUGCAUGCUCGCAUCGAGCAGUGGAACCACAACUUCAGCUUCGACGCCCAUGACCCAUGCGUCUUCCACUCGUCCACCGUCACUGGCCUCCUGGAGCACUACAAGGAUCCCAGCUCGUGCAUGUUCUUUGAGCCACUGCUGACCAUCUCGCUCAAUAGGACUUUCCCCUUCAGCCUGCAGUACAUCUGCCGCGCAGUCAUCUGCAGGUGCACCACCUAUGAUGGCAUUGAUGGGCUACCAUUGCCCUCGCUGCUGCAGGACUUCCUGAAGGAGUACCAUUACAAGCAGAAGGUCAGGGUUCGCUGGUUGGAGCGAGAGCCAGUCAAGGCAAAAUAG